UGCUUUUGCGCAUGUAAACCCUACGCAAAGCACGUUGAACUUCCUUUUUUCGUCAAACUCCAUUUGGCUUCAGACGCAUUCGUUGGUUACCGUAACUCAUAAAUCAACGCCACGAUGUCCGGAGGAUUAGACGUACUCGCCCUGAAAGAGGAAGAUAUAACCAAGUUUUUAGCAUGUUCCACUCACUUAGGAUCUGGUAAUGUGGAUUGUCAGAUGGAACAGUAUGUUUACAAACGAAAACCUGAUGGUACAUACAUAAUUAACUUGAGGAGGACAUGGGAGAAGCUCCUUAUGGCUGCCAGAGCUAUUGCUGCUAUUGAGAACCCAGCUGAUGUAUGUGUCAUUUCAGCCAGACCCUAUGGACAGAGAGCUGUCCUAAAGUUUGCCUCUGCCACUGGAGCCACACCCAUUGCUGGUAGAUUUACUCCUGGUACUUUCACCAAUCAGAUCCAGGCUGCUUUCAGAGAACCACGUUUACUGGUUGUCACUGAUCCAAGAACUGAUCACCAACCUGUAACUGAAGCAUCCUAUGUCAACAUCCCUGUUAUUGCCCUGUGCAAUACUGAUUCACCACUCAGAUAUGUUGAUGUUGGUAUCCCAUGUAACAACAAGGGAACCCAUUCUAUUGGUCUAAUGUGGUGGUUAUUGGCACGAGAAGUUCUUCGACUUAGAGGAACCAUCAGUCGUGACCAUCCAUGGGAUGUCAUGGUAGAUCUCUAUUUCUACCGAGACCCAGAAGAGGCUGAGAAGGAAGCUGAGGCUAUUGCUGAGAAAGCACCACAGAAAGAUGAUGCCACCAUUCCCGAUCAAUGGAAUACACAACCUGAGACUCUGGCUCCUGCCCUAGAAUCCAGUGAUUGGGCCACAGAAGCUGUUGCAGUUCCACCUGCAGCAGGAACUGCUGCUCCAUUUGACCUGAGUGCAGCCCCUGCACCCACUGAAGACUGGUCUGCAAGUGCCGACGACUGGUCUGCUACUCCUGCCCCACCAGCACCAACAACCGACUGGGGUGGCAGCAGUGCUGACAACUGGAACUAGGAUCCAAUAUGAACAUUCUAACAAUUCAAUAACUAAGUAUGAAAACUACUAAGUUCAGAAAUAAAAUAGAAAAACAACUUA